AUGGGUCUUGCAAGUGUAAUUCAAAGAGACAUCAAAACUGUGUAUCCGGAUCAGAGGUCACAAUUUCUUCCUAUCUUACAAACAACCGUUCAACCAAGACUAACGUCAUUCAAGUGCCAGUCGUCUCUAGAUGUUUUUAUUAUGUGGUCAAACAUACAAGGAUGGCCAGAUAGAUCCAAAACCUUCUGCGUAAAUCACUUUGUGCCUCUGAUUAGUCUUCCUUCGCACAUGAAGUCUGACACAGAAUCAGUGAGGAGUAAAGAUAGGUGGAACAUUUAUUCGUGCAAGAGAAAGAGGCGUGGUUCAAACCUGAUCUGUCAUUCACAUAAUGACAGUCCUGAUUGCAUCCUACUCUCUGAUUCGAAACGAAGAGCCACAAGCCAACCAACAACUGAUAAUCGGUGGCAUGUUUUAGUUGAAGAUAAAGAAACUGAUUUACGUGAUGAAUAUGAAGGGGAGUAUGAAAAUAUGCAAUGGAAGUCUGCUGAAAAGAUGAAGUUAAAACCCUGUUGUGAAAAAAUCGGGGCAUCAAACAAAGAAAAUGUGGGAAAUAAACAAAAUAUCCACAAGGAGGAAUCUCUGGAAAGAAUCCCAAGUGCACGGAAUACAGAUUUCGAAAAUAUUGAUAAUCCUGGACUGAGAGUUAUGAACGUAAAUGUAAAUGAGACUUCUGAUACAAGUGAACAGGAAAUCCAAUGUAUUAGGUUUUCAGACUUUGUACUAAAUGCGCUGAAAAAAAAGGAAAGGCUACCAUUUCCAGCAGCAUCACAAACAUUUUAUAAAAAACAAAAUGCGCAGAUGCAGAUGAAACUGCUAAUGAAACAGAAGAAGUCGGGCGUAUGUUCACGAAAAUUUAUCUGCCUACCAUUCGUUCACAUCAAAAUUUAACUGUUCCUGGAGAGGAGAAUUCUAUCAAAGAUACAGACGAAACUGCUGAUAUAAAUAAAGAAGUUGGCUGUGUGUCCACGAGAAUUCCUUUACCUAGACGUUUUCCACAGCAAAAUUUAACUACAUCUGAAAAGGGUAAUUGUAUCAAAGAUACAUGUGAAACAGCUUUUACAAGUGAACAAAAAAUCAUAUACAUGUCUUCAAAACUUAACCAACCUAAAGUUUCUUCGUACUUGGCAGAUAAUGAACUAAAGAAAAGGAAAAGCUUACCAUUUCCAGCAGCAUCACAAACGUUUUAUCAAAAGCAAGGAUAUCUCUCACGGCAUAAUGAGAAAAGUUCGGAACUGAGAAUUAAAUUCCCUGUUCAAAAAAACGAGAAGGGAAAUGUAGGGGUUCAUCGAUCUUGUACAACCGGCACUUUGGCAAAAAAUAUAAGAGAAUUAAGGGAACAGCUACAGGGGCCGAAUAGUUUAUGCUAUCCGGCACGCGCAGUCCAUCUUAAAGCUUGCAUAGAUGUUGCUGAAGAACUGAUAAAGUGCACGUUGUUAAAAACAUCAGACGCCUACCGUAUUCUACAAUCAGUUAAAAUAACCAAUGGUAAAUUAUACAAAGACUACUACAGAUCGGUCGAUGCUUACGAAACCCUUGCAAAAAACCUGAACAUUUCUCAGAUAUACAUAGAACAAACUGGAUAUAUAAUUGAAAAUAACGGUGAAAAUAUUCAAAACAUAGUUGAUCAUGUUAACGGUAUGAUUCAAAACUAUAGUCAAUCGGCAAUGACCAACACUAAGAGCAUCGCAGAAGCCUUGAAAGCUGAUUUUGCUACAGUUUUACGUUAUUUUGACACAAAAAGAGACAGAGAUAUGUUAGAAGCAAUUAUUGCUCGGAUAUAUCACAAGUAUCAAUUGCGUUGUUAG